AUGGCCGGGAGCGGGUGGCUGGCGCUGCGGACGAUGCCCGGGCCUGGCUGGGUGCGGGGCUCUGGCCCCGCUGUGCUGAGACGCCUGCGGGAUGCGGCUGUGGUGCGGCCCGGCUUUCUGAGCGCGGCCGAGGAAGAGACGUUGAGGCGCGAGCUGGACCCCGAACUGCGCCGCCGCCGCUACGAGUUCGACCACUGGGACGCGGCCAUCCAUGGCUUCCGAGAGACAGAAAAGUCUCGCUGGUCAGAGGCAAGCCGGGCCAUCCUGCAGCGUGUUCAGGCAGCUGCCUUUGGCCCCAGCCAGACCCUGCUGUCCUCAGUGCACGUGUUGGACCUGGAACCUCGGGGCUACAUCAAGCCACACGUUGACAGCAUCAAGUUCUGCGGAAGCACCAUCGCUGGCCUGUCCCUGCUGUCUCCCAGUGUCAUGCGGCUGGUACACACCCAGGAUCCUGGGGAGUGGCUAGAACUCUUGCUGGAGCCAUGCUCACUGUACAUCCUUAGAGACUCUGCCCGUUACGACUUCUCCCACGAGAUCCUUCGGGAUGAAGAGUCCUUUUUUGGGGAACUUCGGGUUCCCAGAGGCCGACGCAUCUCUGUGAUCUGCCGCUCCCUCCCUGAGGGGGUAGGACCAGAGGAGCCUGGGCAGCCACCCCCAGCCUGCUGA